UUUCACCUCUGUUUCAACAAGAGGGGCAGGACGUUUUGAGUUGGAGUAUCAUCCUUCAGACACCUCACUUCUCCUCUUAGAGCCCCGCAAGAGCUGUGGGACUGGAGUGGCCUGCGUCUUGUUCUGUUGGGGUCCGGUGCUUCCACCUGCUUGAUUGCACGGCAUAGAUCCAGAUGGGUGAUCAGGAGGAGAUGACUUAUUCAUCUGUGAGAGUUCUCCAGUCUGCUUCAGAAUCUCAGAAGAGAUUAAGGCCUGAUGGCGCCAGAAGGCCUGGAAAAUCUGCAAACAAAGAGUUUGCAGUGCCCUGGCAUCGCAUUGCAGUGAGUCUUGGAAUCCUGUCUUUACUUCUCUUGAUGACGAUCAUAAUGUUGGUGACAAUGAUUUUUCAGUUAAUUCAAGAAAAACAUCAACAGCAAGAAAUUUUAGCAAAUCUCAGUCAGAGUGAGUACUUGAAGGAGCAAUUUCUGGCAAACAAGACUUUAGAAUGUGACCUUCUCAGAAAUGAAACCCUUCUACAGCAAAAGGAACUGGAGUCAUUCUUUUCAAAAAAGGGUGGGUGUUGUACAAAUCCAGGUAUGGAAGGAAUCCGGAGUGAAAGAUUGUAUUGCUUUGCAUUCCCCUUCUAA